AUGGCAGAAAGAAUGAUAUCGGAUUUCGUGGAACCCUUCAGGGAUCAUGGAAACAUGGUUCCUUUCGGUAAAAAAGAUGGUCCUACCCAAUUUCCAACCAAUCCUGGUUAUUACGACGUGGGAUGUUUACAUCCUUUGGACUUACGCCCAUCGACCCUCCAGGAAGAAAACGGUGGAAGAACAAGUCGAAUAUAUGAAGAGUCUGGUACUCUUGGCAAAGGAAAUAAUAAAUAUGCAACCAAACUUAAAUUUGCGGUGAACAUAAAAGGGAAAGUUAGUGAAAUGUAUAUACAGUGCGUCAAUCCACCAAUGAAUGUGGAGUCAACAAAAUCAAGAGUGAACAAUAUGAAGACGUUGAAAUGGGCAUCAAAAGUGGAAAACUUUCUAACAAAGAAGCAACAAUGCAUGUACAGGCAUCAAUUGGGGAAUUGUUCAGAGGCGGUAUCCUGUGAAGCAUGGAGUGGACGACCGAAGUCCCGUCAGAAAAAUGUCGACUUGUACACACGCACUCUCUUCCUCAAGAAUUUGACAAUACUGGAUCCAUUUGCAGACGACAUUGGUGGUAACGAAAUUGAUAUCGCGAGCGUUGCAGGUUUUGGAUUCAAUCACAUAAUCGUUAUUGGGGAGUUUCGUUAUGGAAUGACAUUUUUAGAUUUUCCAAAACAUUAUAAAGAAGAUGGAGAACUGGCAUGGUAUGAGAAAAAUGGAAUUGUAUACGAAUAUAUUAUGAAACCUCAACGUAUAUCUACACUAUCACUACUACCAAAAAGGGAAAAAAGGGAAAGAACUCGAAGAAAAACAAAUAAUCAAUAUGGUUAA